CUCUCCUCUCCUCUCGCAAGGCCGGUGCACGUUCGUUUGUCUCAGUCAGCCUCCUCGCUUCUUCUUGGGCUAAAGUCAAAAAUGAAAGGAUCGAGACGUCGAAACAAAUGGUACUUUUUUUUUAUCAUCAACUGCAAGUCUAAGGCCGAUGGAUCUACUGAUUCUUAGCAGUCCGAGAACAGAGAAUCUAGAACCUCAAGUCGGAAGCCUCGGAAUAGAAAAGCGGAUCAGAGCAAAUAGUCGCUUCCAAACAGGUGAAAAAAAAAAGAAAUUUUUGAACGUAAGAAUUCGGCAGAACUACUGUAGGUACUGCUGAACCAUGAAAAACCCUAUUCCAGAUUUUCCGACUUUCAACCUACCGUCGAAUAUCAUCCUCCUCUCUCGCACCCCUGCUCUUACUCAAACAAGAUAAAAGGACUGUGCAUCACGGGCUGUAGGCCCAUGAUUCAGUCCCCAUCUCCUUUCAAACGAGUGAUCCUGCAAAUCCAGGCAGCAGGUGGCAUAGUUGCUGCCCGUGCGCGAACCAUCUCCACCGCCAAUCAAACUCUCCGUGGCAGCUUCGCGGAAAAGAGUUGUCACAAGGGCUGGGCCUGGUGGACAUGGAUAAUGAGCGAAGACUAAAAGCACCACUUAACACAGAUUAUCCAUCCUCUUGAACGCGAUUCGCCACUUUCUUCUCCGCUCUUACGCGGUCAUGGGGAUUAGGAUCGAUGCAAGUCGUUUACCGCUUGACAAUCGUCAC